CUCCUCCUUGCCUGUCCUUACUCCUCCCCUCUCCGCCGCCACCUCUUCCUCCCCCUCGCUCUCUGCUCCCUCCUUGACCUCAUCUUCAUCGCUCUCCUCAAACUCAUCGUGCGCAGAUCCCGUCCGACCUACUCCCACCACGGCGACUACAACGCCGUCGUUCCCGUCGACCAUUUCUCCUUCCCCAGCGGCCACUCCUCCAGGGUCUUCUUCGUCGCCUCUAUCUUCUCGUUCUCCAAACUCCGCAUGGUUGAUGCUAUCGCCGAUCUUCACCAUCCACGCCUCUUCAUGAUUAUCGACCAUUGGUUCGGCGGCGAAGAGGUCUUCGCCAUUAACGCCGUUGUAACCGCGGUUUGGGCCUGGGCUUCAGCCACCGCCCUUUCUAGGAUCGCUCUCGGGAGGCACUAUGUUCUGGACGUCUUCUUCGGGGCUUGUUUCGGCGUGCUAGAAGCUUUGUUCACAUUGCGAUUCCUCGAGAUUCAAACGUGGAUUUGAGAUUCUGCUCUCUCUAUCUGGUUGCAGUGGUUUAUCUACAAUGUGCUAGAUAACUUGUCAAUGCCCAUUCUCUUUAGGAAAUUGCUAGUUGAAGAGACAAACUGAGAGAGAGGGAGGUACUUGGUGCUGAUCGGAAAGAAACAAGGCCGAUAUUUUUUGUUUCCUGACAAGUGAAAAUUGCUUUGCCAAAAUGGUUGUAACUAUAAUUGUUCGUAAGAAAAAUUAUUCUUUUUCUCUAGUA